AAUCGAAAGAAGGAAAAGAAGAGAGAAGUAUUAACCAGGAACUAACUUGCGAUAUUAGCCAGCUCUAUAGUUUGUGUAAAAAUUAUUUACACACAUUUUUGGAAGUUUCGUUUUUUCUUGCUUUAGAAAACAAAAGUAACGAUAGAUUAAUUUAAAACCGUAACAUAAGACGAAUAAAAUACAGACAGGAAUAAUGAGCUCAAUGAAAAUGUUUGUUUUGGUUGUCGGCUGUGUCCUCGUUUCUCUAGCAGGAUGUCAGACCACUUUGCCAAAGCCAUCGAUUCUUUGCAAAGCCUUCUCAACUUGUGACUCAUGCAUCAAAAACACAAAGUGCCUGUGGUGCAUGACCAACAGCACAUGCACAGAUUACCCAGCGAGCUACAUUCUGCCUCCACCAGCAGUUUGUAAACUGUCACAGGCACGAUGGGGAGUGUGUUGGGUGAACUUUGAGGCCUUGAUCAUCGCCAUGGCUGUGGUGGGCGGGACCAUCCUUGUCAGUAUCAUAGUCUGCUGUUGCUGCUGCUGCUGUUGCUGCAAGAGACAACAGGGUCCUGACAGGGAUGAGGAGAGAUUUGCCCGGAGGAGAGAAGAAAUCAGACAGCGCUCUGAUGAACGGAAGGUAGAGAAAAAGGCGAAGCAUGAUGACAUCCGCAAGAAGUAUGGUCUUACAGGUCUCAUUACUGACUCUGACCACCCAUACCGCAAGUUUGAAAAUGAGUAAACCAGCAAGCUAGAUGAGGGUGAUGGUCCUACUCAACUUGUUCUAUCCUCUUCGGGCUUACAGCGUUCCUGUCCCACUGACUGUUUUAGAUUAGAAAACUGCCUUACCCUACUUUAUCUUGCAUAUACAUCAAGUGCUUUGUCAUCUAAAUUCAAAGCUUUGGCCUGUAUUGAAUUAAUGCCAUUUCAUUCAUUUAUUUUUGUUUCCAACUGAAAAGUUAAUUUAGAAGUAUUCAUCAUUACAUAUCACACAGUGGAACAAUCUGAGAAAGUCUCUACUAUUUUGUUUCCUGUUCAAGCCCUGGCACUGAACGGAGAUUCUUAACAUCUACACAAAUUAAUUACUGUAUUGUUGUGAAAUCUGAUUUAAAGAGCCUGUGUUUUAAAUGACUGUGUUAUCUGCUAGUACCUUUUUACAUAGUUAAUACAGUAUAACCAAUAUAUGAUAAUUCUGACACAUUUCUAAUAAAAUGCUUGUCUUUUAAAGU